AUGACAGUUCCGUCAAACUGCGACAUGACAGCAGCGGAAACAAAUGUUCGUCUCUUUACAACUGAAUACCUUGGACCACUGGUCAAUAAUCAACGUGAAGGUGCCGGCGAAGAAAUUUGGUUCGAAGAUGGGACGCCAAACCAUCAAAAGUACAAAGGUCAAUUUCUCCGCGACACCCUACACGGUCAAGGUCAAUACAUCUGGAGCCGAAACGGAGAGGAAACCAUUUACGAGGGAUCGCUCUAUUCCUCCAACCUCGAAGGGUACGGCAGAUUCGUUCGGCCGGACGGUACAGUUUUUGAGGGCCUAUUCAAGAAUAACGCCCGCUUUGGGCCGGGCGUCGACAGUUUCGUCGAUUCAACUCAAACCGUCGGUUUGUGGUAUGGCAAUAACUUAAUUAGACUUUGUCAGGUUGUCAAACCGGAAUGGGUACCCAAAGUUGCGCACACAUCAGUUGGUAAGGCGAUACUUUUGCGGUACAAGAAGCUAGUAACGGUGUGCAAUGGGGAGGAGGACAUAGCGCGAGAAGUGCUAAAAUCAAUAAAUGCCGAAGAGGAGGUGAUCGAGAAAUCGGAUCUUCUGUACAACAGGUGCAUUCGGCAUCCGAAAAGUACGUUCUUCAAUAGGGCGGUGUAUGAUUCAAAGUUCUUUUCGGUGAGCGAUUGCUACAUUGAUAUCACAGUGGGAUCUGACGAGUCCAUCUGUGACGUGGAAAGAGAGAUUGAACGUGCAAAAAAUGUAGAAUAUCUGCAAAGUGAGUGGGACAGAAUAAACAGUGCGAUUCUCGAAGGUGUAUCUGAAGAGAACGUCUCAGGAUCAUCUGAACAAGAGGAGAAUGACAUGGAAGAACUUUGUGCUAAAAGAGAUCUGUUGGAAGGUGCAAUUUCCUUUGAGCGUUCGAAACCACGUACAAAAAAAGUGCUGGUUACCGAACUUCUUGCGUGGAACAAUGAAGACAUUUCAAUCGAGAUAAUGAAGCACGCUUUUCUUCACCGCAACUUUGAGAAGACCGUGUCGUACCUUGCCUCCAAUGUUUUAGUAGGCAAUCGCACUGAGUUCAACCAAUCUAGCGCAUACGAGGCGGACUGCGUUGCGUUUUUGUCCAAUUGCUCUAGUGGCCAUUUGAAGAAGGUCUCCGAACUGCUUCUGACACACGAUCUCAACCCGGAUAUGUGCGAUGCAAUGGGAAAUUCAGGAAUGAUGUAUGCGGCGGCGCGCGAUCGUCGCCAGAUAAUCCGGGUGCUGGUGAAUUUCGGAGCAAACGUGGAUGUCUAUAACGACGAGUGCCUGACACCGCUAUCACUGUGCAUCCUUCGGUACCUAGCCGUGCAGAAUGACGUGGUCAAUUGGGAAUUGGCGUUUUUAAAGUCGUCGCUAGCGGUGGAAACUGACUUGUUGCGGUGGAGGCCUCACGAGUCGUUGGUGAGUCUAUCCGAACAACAGAAGUCGAAGCAAAACUUGAACCCACACAGCUCAAUCAACCUGAAGUUCUGCAAUAGGCAAGAACUGAUUGACAGCGCUGAUCUGUUUCCGAUGCAGAUGAUGUUUAAGAGAACUUCGGAUGCGAAAAACUUACAAGACCGUUAUUUGCAGUUAGAGGAAGCGCAACCGUUUUUAUUUAACACCGACUGCAUUAAGCCACCAGUACAUAAAUCAGUUAAAACUAAAACACUUCAACCGAAAAAAAAGUUGGUCGUUCAAGUCGAGUCAGAACCGAAUCAUAGCGACAUUUUGCAAGUCGAGCGUUUAAAUUCAAUACGCUUGACUAUAUCGACCCUCUUAGAUUACGGGGCGGAUCCCAAUGAAGGUGAGGUACCCAUGCCGAUAUUGUUAUCAGCUAUCUUCACCAAAAACAUUGACAUUGUCGAAGGGUUGUUGGCGCACAAAGCCGACUGCAACGCGCGCACGCUGGAUGAAGAGUUGACAGCAUUGCACAUCUUAGUUUCGCUUCCUCCUUGGGACGGGGUAGGCGAAAUGGCCAAGCUUUUGCUGGCAUACGGCGCGAAUCCCAAUCUGAGAGCCACCACAUUGCACUGGCUGGAGGAGAAGGAGACGCUCGUGGGGAAGCACCAACUAACAGAAGUCGAUGAAGGAAAAACGCCCCUGCACCUACUGUCGAUGCGUUACGAUUUUACCUCCGACACCAUUGGAGAAUUAGCUCAAAUUCUAAUUGCUGGUGGAGCCAAACCGAGCGAGUACUACUUAGGACACACUCCCCUAUCCUUGGCGGUUUUAAGGGGGAAUAUUAAGCUGAUUAACUCGCUGAUGGAGAGUGGAAAAGUAGAUCCUAAUCAAUUGCUAGGAGAAGAAAUGGGAGUUGCACUCGGCGUUUUGAUACUGAAACGCUACACGAAUCUGCCGCGGUACGAAGACUGUGAGCAGAUAAUCCAAUCAUUGGUGUAUUACGGUGCCAAUCCUUUUAAUUCUACUGGCCCGUGUGGGAAUCUUAUGGAAUUUAUGGCGGAAGAGUUCGCUGAACCAACGCCAAAGGGCAAACGGAAACCUAAACAGGUUAAAGGGGGAAAAGAAACCACGCGUGUCAAACUCAAAGCCUUUUUGGAAAACAUCGCAAGGUUUGUACUUGACAAGCACAUUAAAGGCUGGGUGGUGCAGCAACUGUACCACGCUCAAAAUUACGACGACGAGUUUGCAAAAAAUAUGGCUCACUACGUUCCUGUGGCUGAAGUCGUCGAUCUCGCCCAGGCGUUGUUUUACAGAGGGGAAAUUCGAGUCAAACCCAAAAGUCACAGCAAAUUACGCGAGUUGGUGGAGUUUAUAGCUGGUGUCCAUCCGAAAAGUCACCUAGACGUCGAAAAGGCGUUGGAGAACUUUGAUUACCGCAAGCUUCCACCGAAGCUGGGGUUUUUAGACUUGCCGCAGCCCCAGGUGGAGAGGCACUCAGAUAAAUAUGACGUUUGCUAUCACUGCCACAAGAAACAGAACCGCCAGUUGUUCAGAUGUCCGAAAUGCAAGGUGGUGUAUUUCUGCUCGGAGGAGUGUAAUUUACUGAGCAAUGCUCGGGAGAAAUGGGGGCAUCCGUGCAAGGUUGCCUUUUACAGUGAGGCGUUACGUGAUUGGAAGGCAAAGGAGAAGGAGAAAAUGGCGCGAGAUACGGACACGGAGGACAGCGAAGGAGGUUACUACGGAGCAGGGAAAUUUCACAAAGGCCACCGAGGGAGGGGUAGUGCAGCAAAAGCCGGGAAGAGAAGUACGGCAACAACCGGAAAGAGGGGUGCAGCAACAACCGGAAAGAGGAGUGCAGCAGCAAGCGGAAAGAGAAGUGCAGCAACAACGCUAAAGACACGUAAAGAACGAAGCGCUCAAAAAGGCAAAUUAGGCACGCGAAAGGGGGGUGCGGCGAGUAGCAACAGAGGCAAAACUAAGGGCGAAUGGGAUCAGGAGGCUUCCUUAGAUUCGGAGUUUGCCACCGUUGUAAGACGAAGGCACAGACUGCCGAAGACUUACCAGUGUUUUUUGGAAAAAAUUGCAAUUUACUGGCCGGAACUCGAUCUGUCCGCAUUAUUUGUACCGUACGCUUGUUAUAAUAACGGCCAGCUUUACUACAGAUUCCAUUUUCAAAACGUAGUCUUUGGCGAGACCUACAGUUUAGUGUAGCUUGUCGAAAAUGCCAAUAAAUCCCGUUCAAUUAACACGCGCAACAAGUUUUCAAUGUCCAAGGAUAAGCGUCGCGACGAUCCGACGCUAGUGGAAUA